GAGAGAUGCUGGAGCUAGGGUUGGGACGGGAGGAGGAGGUUGAAGGAUCCGAAGUUCUCCAGUCCAACUGCCUCCUGGUGGAGCAAGGCAGAGUACUGGAUGAAGGAGGGAGUCUUAAAGUCACAUAUCCCUCGAAAACGGAUCUAAACUUUGAGAAGACAUCAUUCUCUGUUGUUAGAACUUAACAUCAAACAUUUUGUCAUUUCUCCAGCAAAUCAAUCCUUAUUCACAAAUAAACAUCAAUUGGAGGAAAUUUCGCAAGUAUUUGCAUAAAUUUAAGCUCUAGUUUAAAUAAUUAUGCUGACAUUUUGUGAUAUGAUAAUUGUGAUGAAUUUUGUCAACAUUUUUUACAUAAGUAAAUAAUUUGGAAAUUCUUAAAGGAAUUUAAUGAGUGAAAUUUUUUUCUAAUUUAGUCUAGUUAAAAGUUAAUGAGAACUUUAGAAAUUUCAAAAGGUUUUUACAAUUAUUGUAUUUCUAUCAAUUAAUCAGGUUUUCCUAAAACUGAAGAAUUCAGCGGCGCAUCCGCGCAAGCAUUGUUUUUAAUUAUUUUUUAUAUUUCAUAGAUUAAACAUUUAACAACACAAAUAUGACAGAAGUGAAAACAGAGACCGGCGAAAUCGACGAUUUCUGUGCCAAAAUAUCGGCGCUGUGUGAAGAAAUGCCUGACGGGAUAAACGACAAAGUUAUUCAGAACGAACUCCCGACCCUGGAUCCUAGGAUAAGAGCGCAGUGUAUAAACAGGCUGCUAGUGGCAGGAAAGAUAGAUCUAUUCAAAUCAACGGAUGGUUUGAUGUACAAGUUCAAGGCCCCGACAAGAGCUACAAACAUCAGGGGGGAUCAGGAGGAGAAAAUAGUUUUUAAAAUAAUAGAAACUUCUGGUAACUUAGGAAUCUGGUUACGAGAUAUUAGAACAAACUCCGGGUUAUUACAGACACAGUUAAAUAAGGUGUUAAAGUCACUAGAAACCAAGAAACUGAUCAAAGCAGUCAAGUGUGUGAAUGCUACGAAGAAGAAAGUUUAUAUGCUUUAUGAUCUUGAACCAGAUAGAACCGUCACAGGUAUUGCAGUUGUGUAGCUAAGUGAA